AUGGCAACCAUUAAUGGUGAUACUUUGUCUUAUUUAAAUUUCUUCUUUCUGUCACUCAUCUCAAGCUUUCUACUUCUGUACUUCUUUAAGAAACCCACAAAGCCAAUCCUCCACCUUCCUCCGAGCCCACCAUCUCUGCCACUCAUCGGACACCUCCACCUCCUCGGUAGAGUGGCAUACAAAUACUUCCACAAUCUCGCAACUAAACAUGGCCCUCUCCUCUCUCUCCAACUUGGUUCUGUUCCUCUCAUUCUUGUCUCAUCAGCUUCAUAUGCCGCUGAGAUUUUCAAAACCAAUGACAUCGCCUUCUCAUAUAAACCCAAAACUCCUUUCGAUGACGGGUUACUAUUCCAGAACUUUGGCUUCAUUAGUGCUCCAUAUGGAGACUACUGGAGAUUCAUGAAGAAACUUUGCAUGACAGAAUUAUUGGGACCUCGCCAGACAGAAAGAUCCAGCAGCGUUAGAAGGGAAGAACUACAGCGAUUCUUGCAAAACAUGGUGGACAAAGCUUGUAAAAAUGAGAACGUUGAUUUGGAGAAUGAGCUAGUGAAGCUAACAAAUAACACUAUAUGCAGAAUGGCAAUGAGCACAAGGUGUUCGGAGGAAGAAGACGAGGCUCAGAGGUGCAAGGAGCUGGUGGAUGGGUCAAUGGAAUUGGCUGCAAAAGUGGCUGCAGCUUACUUGAUGGGUCCUUUGAAGAAAAUAGGUUUUUGGGUGUUUAGAGAACAACUGAAAAAUUUAUCUACACAGAUUGAUGAAUUGCUGGAGAAGAUUUUGAAGGAGCAUGAAGAGAGAGCAAAGAAAGAUAGUGAUGAAGGAGGAGAUCAAGAUUUGAUGGACAUUCUCCUGAAAGUGUAUCAAGAUGAAAAGGCUGAGUUUCAGAUAAGCAGGAGCCAGAUGAAGGCCUUCUUUGUGGAUCUCUUCAUUGCAGGAACACAUACAACAGCAGAUAGCACACACUGGAUCAUGGCGAUGCUCAUCAACCAUCCAAAAGUAUUCAAGAAACUGAGAGAGGAGAUAGAGUCAGUAGUUGGAAAAAAUAGACUAGUAGAAGAGUCUGAUAUUUCAAAACUCCAUUAUUUGCAAGCAAUAGUGAAGGAAACUUUGAGACUAUAUCCAUUAGGACCUUUAAUACCAAGAACUAACUGUGAAGAUUGUAAAAUUGGAGGAUUUGAUAUACCCAAAGAAACUAUAGUGCUGAUCAAUUUAUAUUCAAUAAUGAGGGAUCCAAAUAUAUGGGAUAAUCCUGAUGAGUUCAAACCAGAGAGGUUCUUGGUUUCUGAUCAUAAAGAAACUAAUAAGCAAAAACACUUAAUGGGUUACGUUCCAUUUGGUGGGGGAAGGAGGAUGUGCCCUGGUUCACACUUAGGUUUAACAAUAAUUCACGUUAAUGUUGCAUCAAUGGUUCAGUGCUUUGAUUGGAAGGUCUAUGGUGGAGAUGGAGAUGGUGGAAAGGUUAAUGUUGAAGCUAAAUCAGGCAUGAUCAUGUGCAUGGCUCAUCCACUCGUGUGUCUUCCUGUGGUUCACUAUAACCCAUUUUCUGGGUAAAUUAAAGUACAGUAUGCAUGUCCAUGCAGCAUUAAUUGCUGAGUAUCUCAUGUACCAGAUGGCAAUAAACUCUCUAUUAUGGGCAUAUACUUGCCGUGAAUAUUUACUCCAUCCAUAUUAAAAUCAAAUCCAUCGUCAUGAAAGUGAUAAGAUAAGGAUUAUCUUAUCCAAUAAUGUAUGUCAUUAUCUCUAUAGGCUAAAUCUAAUAUAGGGUGAAUAGCCUUUUUGUUGUACGCAACCUUUUUUUAUAUACAAAUUAAUUAAGCA